AUGCGCGUCUCUCGUUCGACUCUCGCCGCUGCGGCUGCCACUACGCUCCCUUUGGCUGCUCAAGCCGCUUCCCUGCAGUCCGUUUGCACUACUUCCAAUGUGAAAAACGCUCUCCCUCUCGAUGUGGCUGAAGGCAUUGAACUCGAUUCCUCGUCUGUCACCACCAACGUGGUCACCAACUACUCCGUCUCCGAUGAGAACUACUUCCCCGACGCUACUUUCGACUUCUGUAACGUGACGCUCGCCUACUCGCACGCUGGCAAGGAUGACCACGUCUUGCUGGAGAUCUGGCUGCCCGCGCCGGAAAAGUUCCAGAACCGUUGGUUGUCGACCGGCGGUGGUGGUUUCGCCAUUAACAGCCAGGAGAGCUCACUCCCUGGUGGUGUUAUGUACGGCGCUGCGGCUGGUCAGACCGAUGCUGGAUUCGGGGGCUUCUCGAACCAACUGGACUCGGUGACCCCGAUUGCGAACGGUACUAACAACCUGGAUGCUAUCUACAUGUUCGGAUACCAGGCUAUUCACGAAUUGAGUCUUAUUGGCAAGGCGUUCACACGUAACUUUUUCUCUGUCGCGGACAAGUCCAAGGUCUACUCUUACUACCAGGGUUGCUCCGAGGGUGGUCGUGACGGUUGGUCCCAGGCGCAGCGGUUCGCUGAGGACCUGGACGGUGUCAUCAUCGGUGCUCCCGCCAUCCGCUAUGGCCAGCAGCAAGUGAAUCACCUGUUCCCUGAUGUUGUCGAGCAGACCAUGGGCUACUACCCACCCACCUGCGAGCUGGAGAAGAUAGUCAACCUGACCAUCGCCGCAUGCGACGGUCUGGAUGGCAAGAAAGACGGCGUCGUCUCCCGCACAGACCUCUGCAAGCUGCACUUCAACAUCAACUCGACCAUCGGCAAGCCCUACUCCUGCGUCGCCUCGUCCAGCACAGAAAUGCUCCGCAAGCGCACCAGCACCACCAGCACUGUCCCCGCGCAGAACGGCACCAUCUCCGCCAAGGGCGCCGCCGUGGCCUCCAAGAUGCUCGACGGCCUGAAAGACUCCCAAGGCCGGCGCGCCUACUUCUGGUACCAGCCCUCCGCCGGCUUCGACGACGGUGACGCCCAGUACAACUACGACACGGGCAAGUGGGAGCUCUCCAUCACCUCCCUGGGAGGCGAAUGGGUCGCCCGCUUCCUUAACCUUGAACAAGCAGAUAACCUCUACUCCCUCGACAACGUCACCUAUGAUACCCUCGUGCAGUGGAUGGAACUCGGCUGGCACCGCUACGAGGACGUCCUGCAAACCACAAACCCAGACCUAACCCCCUUCCAGCAAGCCGGCGGCAAGAUCCUGCACUACCACGGUGAAUCGGACAACUCCAUCCCCCCGGCCUCGUCCGUGCACUACCACGAAUCCGUCCGCAAGAUUAUGUACCCCAACCUUAGCUUCGAGGACAGCAGCAAGGCCCUCGCCGACUGGUACCAACUGUACCUCGUCCCCGGUGCCGCACACUGCUCGCCCAGUACCUCGCAGCCCAACGGGCCGUUCCCGCAGACCAACCUGGCUGUUAUGAUCGACUGGGUUGAGAAAGGCAAUGCUCCGACGACACUGAACGCUACUGUGCUCAGUGGCGAGCAUAAGGGUGAGAAGGGUGAGCUGUGCGCUUGGCCGCAGCGGCCGCAGUGGAAGAAUGGGGAGAUGGAGUGUGUUUUCGACCAGGAGAGUUUCGAGACGUGGCAGUAUGAGUUUGAUGCUUAUAAGCUGCCUUUGUACUAG